GAUGUUUUGGAAGGGGGAUUCGGCAGGUGGGGAAAGGUGGAGCCUCUGGCUCUCCUUGGUCUUAAAUAGGAGCUUCUCCCCGGGCGGCGGCGCCUUCCCAGCGUUGUCUUUGGGGACUUCCAGCAUGAGCCUCGCCUAUCCCCGCGCGGGGAGCCUGAGCUUCAGCAGCCGCUCCCAGGGCUCCCUGCCCAACCGGAGCUCUUGGUACCGGGCCAGCCCGGGGGCCUUCCCGCCGGGCCUCUUCCGAGGGGCUGGGGCCGGCGGCGCUUCCCUCUCGGCCUCGCCCGCUUUCCUCAUCUCCUCGCUGCCCAGCCUGGAGAUCGACCCCAAACUGCACCAGAUCCGCACGGAGGAGAAGGAGCAGAUCAAGGGGCUCAACAACCAGUUCGCCUCCUUCAUCGACAAGGUGCGGAAACUUGAGCAGCAAAACAAAGCGCUGGAAACACAGCUGAGGCUUCUGAAAAGCAAAGAUCAGUACAAAUCCAAUGUGGGACGCAUCAUGACAGCCCACAGCCAGCCCCUGAAGCAGCAAAUUGAUGUACUGAAUCAGGACAAGGUGAAGUUGCAAAACGAACUGGACCACACUCAGGCCCUUCUGGAGGAACUGAAGAGUAGGUAUGAAGAUGAAAUCAAUCGGCGCAAUCAGCUGGAAAAUGAAUUUGUGAUCACUAAGAAGGAUCUUGAUGACAUCUAUUUGCAGAAGGUGGAUGUGGAGUCCAAAGUCGAAGGGAUCUCCAAUGAAAUCAAAUACCUCAAGCAGCUCUUUGAAGAGGAGAUCCGUGAAUUACAAUCUCAGAUUCAAAAUGCAAUGGUCACUGUGGAGAUGGACAACAACCGGGAGUUGGAGAUGAAACACAUAAUUGAUGAGGUGAAAGAACAGUACAAGGCUAUGGCAGUCAAAAGCCGUGAGGAUGCCGAGCAAUGGUACAAGAACAAGUUUGAUGACAUGGCAAGACAGACCCAGAAGCACCACGAAGAGCUGAAAGGGACCAAGGGGCAAAUUGCUGAACUGACUCGCUACGCCCAGCGUAUCAAUGGGGAAAUUGAGGCCUUGAAGAAUCAGAGAGCCAACCUGGAGAAUGCUGUGGCAGUGGCUGAAGAGCAAGGGGAGCAUGCUGUACAAAAUGCCAAAGCCAGUAUCCAAGACCUGGAAGAGGCACUGAGGCGAGCCAAGCAUGACAUGGCAGGGAAAGUACGAGACUACCAAGAGCUGAUGAACAUCAAGCUGGCUCUUGAUAUUGAAAUUGCCACAUACAGGAAACUGCUGGAAGGGGAAGAGAAUAGGAUGGCUGUUCAGACUCCAAGUAAUCAAUACAGUGCUAUUGACAAAUUGGAUUUCUAAACCCAUCCAUUGCUUAUGCAGCUGGGCUCCUAACUCAGGGAGCACCACUACCAUCCCACAACGGGACUGCGGGGACUGCCUUUGCCACCAACAGCUCACUGAAGAGGCCCUUGCUGAUCAAAACCAUUGAGACCAAGGAUGGGAAGGUCCUUUCUGAGGCCAGUCACCUCUCAGAGAUGUAGCUGUGAGUGGAGUAAGCCAAAAAGAGCAGCUGGAUUUGCAGGCUUCAGAAUA